CUUUUCACAUGUUGAUGGCCGCUCUCUCUCUCUCUGUGUUUCUUUGGAAGAAAGAAAAAGAAAAAACCCUCCAUUAAUAAUUCUUCCAUUGAAGUGAAACAAUAUUUGAAAGAAGAGGAAGAAGAAAAAGAAGAGAGAGAUUGAAGGAGGGGGAUGGGAAGGCCUCCUUGUUGUGAGAAAGUGGGAAUAAAGAAGGGUCCAUGGACUCCUGAAGAAGAUAUCAUUCUUGUCUCUUACAUUCAACAACAUGGCCCUGGCAAUUGGAGGUCUGUUCCUACCAACACAGGAUUGUUGCGAUGCAGCAAAAGUUGUAGGCUUAGAUGGACUAAUUACCUUAGGCCUGGAAUUAAGAGAGGAAAUUUCACUCCUCAUGAGGAAGGAAUGAUUAUUCAUCUUCAAGCUUUAUUGGGUAACAAAUGGGCGGCGAUAGCUUCCUACCUUCCUCAGAGGACGGAUAAUGAUAUAAAGAAUUAUUGGAACACUCAUUUAAAAAAGAAGCUUAAAAAAUUGCACUCCGCCGCUGUGGAACCGCCGGAGCCGGCUGAGUCCGCCACCUGUCGGUUUCAAUCCAAUGAUAAAGUUGCGAUUGCCGAGUCGCCGUCGCUCGCCGGAAACAGAGCCACCACCUACGCUUCAAGCGCCGAGAACAUUUCGCGGCUUCUUCAAGGUUGGAUGAGAUCUUCACCGGAAGAGUCUCGGCGGAAAAUUGGCGGCGAGAAUUCUAUAGCCACCGCCACGCAGCAGCAGCCGAAAGUGGAGCCAGACGGCAGCGAGUUGGUUUCCGGUGAAGAAUUUGAUUCGAUCUUGUCGUUUGAGAAUUUGAAGAGUGUGAAUUCUUGGGGGAAAUCGAGUUCGAGUUAUAAGGAUAAAGAGGAAAAUGUUGGAGAGAAGCAGAGAUCAGAGAACGCCGCCGCCACGGCGGCGAAUGCGACAGCGCCGCCGCUGUCGUUUCUUGAGAAGUGGUUGUUUGAAGAAGGCGCCGCCGGCCAAGUGGAGGAGAUGAUGGAGUUGUCACCGGUGUUCUAGCCAAAAAAAAAAAGAAAGAAAAAAAAAGGAAAAAGGAAAAAAGUUGUAAUUUUUAUUUUUGUUUGUAUGCAGUUGUAAUAAUCCAAAAAAAAAACAAUUAUUUGAGAAGAA